AUGGCAGCGAAACGCGAGCUGGAUAUCGUUCUCUUGGGCGCCACAGGCUAUACCGGCAAAUUAUGCGCCCAGUACAUCACGGCAAACCUGCCAACCAACAUCAAAUGGGCCAUCGCCGGACGCUCUCAAUCCAAACUCGAUGCUCUCGCCAGCGACCUCAAGACCCUCAACUCAACGCGCACACCGCCAACAGUCAUCACCAUCGCCCAACUCACCUCCCCUGAACUCCUCCCCCUCGCCAAGAAAACCCGCGUCCUCAUCAACGCCGUCGGGCCCUACCACCUCUACUCCUCCCCCGUAGUCGAAUCAUGCGCCAAGUCCGGCACGCACUACAUCGACGCGACCGGUGAGACGCCCUGGAUCAAGCAAAUGAUCCAAACCCACGAAUCCACUGCCAAGUCCUCUGGCGCAAUCCUCAUUCCCGCCGUCGGCCUGGAAUCCGCGCCCUCGGACCUCAUCGCCUUCAAAGCCACCCAACUCAUCCGCAAAGUCUGGGACUGCGGCGUUAUGGACAUGGUCACCUCCAUCCACGAACUCAAGACCUCUGGCGCCAGUGGCGGCACCCUCACUACUGGCCUGUCCCUCUUCGAGAGCUUCCCAGCCGGCGAGCUGAAGAAGACGAUGUCCGACCCCUUCUGCCUCUCCCCCUCCCACCUCCGCCCGUACACCAAGGACACGAUCUACCCGCGGUCGCCCGAGCCCAACACGUACUCGCGCACCGCCUUCCAGAAACUCACCGGUGCAUGGUCGUUCCCCCGCCUCGGCAACCUCACCACCUCCCUCACCGCGCGCCCCAACGAAGCAGUCGUCCAUCGCUCCGCUGGCCUCGAUCCCUACUUCUACGGCUUCAACUUCUCCUACGAGGAGUACAUGGGCGUCUCCUCCGCCGCCGUAGGCAUUUUGGUCCACUUCGCCAUCGCUUUCCUCAGUCUCUGCCUGGCCUUCCCGCCCACACGCCUGAUCUUCAAGCUCCUCGCGCCGUACAAGCCCGGCUUCGGACCGAAGGAGGACGCGGGGAAGACGGAUGUGGUGGAGUUUAGGGGUGUGGCUAUCGCAGAACAACUCUCCAAGACACCGAGGAAGGCGUUGGCAAGUUUCAGGUACGAGGGGGGAAGUGUUUAUGCGCUGACGGGGUUGUUGAUGGCUGAGGCGGCGGUGACACUUCUGGAUCCCAAGGUUGAGGAGAAGAUAAGGGGGAAAUUUGGUGGUGGGCAGUUCCUCACGCCGGCUAGCUUGGGUGAUGCGUUUACGGACAGGGUUGGCAAGGCUGAGGGGGUGACGUUGGAGGUUAGGCAGAUUGGGGAUGUUGGUAGCAAGUGA